AUGGCGGCUCUGAGGAGUUGGCUGUCGAGGAGCCUCACCUCCUUCUUCAGGUACAGACAGCGUGUGCCUGUCAGGGCAGUCUUUGGGAAGCGCUGUUUCUCAGAAUUGGUAAGACCGUGGCACAAAACUGUGGCAGUCGGAGUUGGUGUGACCCUGUGUGCGGUUCCGAUUGCACAGAAAUCAGAGCCUCAUUCUCUUAGCAACGAUGCAUUAAUGAGGAGGGCAGUGUCUUUGGUAACAGAUAGCACCUCCACCUUUCUCUCUCAGACCACAUAUGCACUGAUUGAAGCAAUCACCGAGUAUACCAAGGCUGUUUAUACCUUAAUCUCACUGUACCGACAAUACACAAGUUUACUGGGGAAAAUGAAUUCACAGGAGGAGGAUGAAGUAUGGCAGGUGAUCAUAGGAGCCAGGGUUGAGAUGACUUCAAAACAACAAGAAUACUUAAAGUUGGAAACAACCUGGAUGACUGCGGUUAGUCUUUCAGAGAUGGCAGCAGAAGCUGCGUACCAAACUGAAUGA